AUUUUUUUGCGCUAUAAAACUGGAAAUGCCAGCUUUCUAUCACCUGAGCAUUUGGCAGCGAGAGAGAGGCGAAUCCUUAAGGAAAUCUAAAAAUCCCUCUUCACUUCAUUUUCUCUUGCUUCCAUUUCUCAAAGUUUCUCCCAUUCUUUGGGCGAUGGCUUCCAUUUCUGAUUCUUCCAAACAGUCCCUUAUCCCAAGCUUCCUAUACUCUUCUUCUCCCAAUUCAUUAUCUCUCGAUCGAAUCCUCGAUGCCAACAACCAUGCCAUUGGUGCUUUGCGCUCCACUACACUCGAUGCUCCCACACUAUCGUCGCCGCCGUCGAUCAAGACGAGGACGUUCAUGAUCGCCUCGCCAAAUGAGCCUGGUAGGAAGAUCGAGAUGUACUCGCCUCAGUUCUAUGCUGCUUGUACCGUUGGCGGUAUCCUUAGCUGUGGUCUCACUCACACGGCGGUUACUCCUCUCGACCUUGUCAAAUGUAAUAUGCAGAUUGACCCAGCAAAAUACAAAAGUAUCUCAUCUGGUUUUGGUGUUCUGCUGAAGGAGCAAGGAGUCAGAGGCUUCUUCCGUGGUUGGGUUCCUACGCUUCUCGGUUAUAGUGCACAGGGUGCUUGCAAGUUUGGAUUCUAUGAGUUUUUCAAGAAGUACUAUUCUGACCUUGCUGGACCUGAAUAUUUUGCUAAGUACAAGACCCUGAUCUAUCUUGCUGGCUCUGCCUCUGCUGAGGUGAUUGCUGAUGUUGCGCUUUGCCCCUUCGAGGCAGUCAAGGUCAGGGUUCAAACCCAGCCCGGUUUUGCUAGGGGUCUGUCAGAUGGUCUUCCCAAGUUUGUCAAAUCUGAAGGUGCUCUUGGAUUGUACAAGGGUAUUGCUCCUCUUUGGGGCCGUCAGAUUCCAUAUACCAUGAUGAAGUUUGCUUCUUUCGAAACCAUUGUUGAGAUGAUCUACAAGUAUGGUAUUCCCACUCCAAAGGAUCAGUGCAGCAAAUCUCUGCAGCUUGGUGUUAGUUUUGCUGGUGGUUAUAUUGCUGGUGUCUUCUGUGCUAUUGUUUCUCAUCCAGCUGACAACCUUGUUUCUUUCCUCAACAAUGCCAAAGGGGCAACUGUUGGUGAUGCUGUGAAGAAGCUUGGCUUGUGGGGUCUCUUUACCCGUGGGCUUCCUCUUCGUAUUGUCAUGAUUGGAACACUAACUGGGGCUCAGUGGGGUAUCUAUGAUGCUUUCAAAGUGUUUGUGGGACUGCCAACUACUGGUGGUGUUGCUCCUGCUGCAGCUGCUGCAACGGCUGCUACUCAGCUUGCAAAGGCAUAGAAUGUUGGAAGAUCAACUGAAAUAGUUAUGUUGUUCAAAUAGGCCUGCAAAACCUUUUCAUAGGGACAAAUAAACAUAGGAUUGCUGAAAAUUGCUUGAAUGAGUUUCAAGCUGGAGGAAAGUAUUUUUUUGCAUUAAGAACUUCUGUCAACUCGUUUUGUUUUGACUACUGUUGUGUUGGUUUUAGUCUCAUCCUCUAAAUUCCGGGGACCUUUUUUUUUUUUUUUUAUGUUGUAGUUAGAUCACGAUAUGGAAUUUCAUUUGAAGAUCAAAUUUCCCCCACUGCAGCGGUAAAAAAUAAUGAGCAGUUGGGGGUAUACCACUGAUUUACCUUUCUAAGCAAGCUAUGAGGAGAGAUUUAUUGCCUGUC